AGGAAGACGUGUUUGGCGGAAUUAUUUUCGUUUGAAGCGAAUAACCUUAUUUUCCUUAAUUAUUUAAUGUUUUAAGUGUUUAAGGACAAGUUAUUUAAAUUAAGAAUUAAAAAAAAAAUGAGCGGUGACGAAUUCAGAUCCUUGAUAUUUGCAUAAAUUUGGUGAAUUUAACAUGAUGCUUUAUUGUCCUCCAAACGUCACCCUAUCUCAAGUUUGGAUCGAUCACGGAAUCUCCCAUUGUUUCAUCGAUACUGUUGCCACUUCUAUCAUAUUUACGUUCCUGUGUGUGGCGGGUGGAAUUCAGUAUGGAAUAUACAGGAAGUACUCAACAGUUCUGGACCACAGACUGUUACCAAAAACGUUCCUAUUCAAACUGCAGAUAGUGACGACUCUCAUUUUACCCAUUUUAGCUUUUGUACGUUUUAUUUUACAAGCGACGGUACUAGAGAAGAGAGUUUAUGGAUACGCCAUACUUCACGUGUCGAUGACCAUCGUGGCUUGGCCGUGUUCUUUGAUAAUCGUUUUUCUGGAAAGAUGGAGAGCUCUUCCCAGCAUACCGACACGGGGACACGGAUUAGUUCUGUUAAUAUUUUGGACGUUGGUUUUUAUUAAUGAGAAUUUAGCAUUUUUAAAUCUGAAAAAUAAAGCCUGGUGGUUUGCUUUAAGGAAUUCGUCUGAUUACGUGGAGUUUGGUUUAUUUAUUUUACGUUACGUCCUAUCUAUGACUAUGUUCGUCGUCGGAUUGAAAGCUCCGGGAAUUCCGAGUUCAAAAGACUAUUUUAUAUACAGUUGGCAGCAAAUUCAAAUCGACCAGAAUGCACCUCUCCUGGAAGAGAAUGCAACACAGUCCGAGACGACCAACAGGACAUCAACGUUUUCCAACUUCUGGAAAAAGUGCCGACUGCUUAUACCUUUCAUCUGGCCCAAAAAGAAUAUUUUCCUCCAGUUUAGGGUGUUGUUCUGUUUUAUUUUAUUAGCCUUAGGAAGAGUUGCAAAUAUCUUUAUACCUCUGUAUAAUAAAAAGAUUGUAAACAGUUUGACAUUGCAACCCGGAGAGAGUUCGUUAACAUAUCAUUGGGAUUUUAUUUUGAUAUAUGUUGGAUUAUGGUUUCUUCAGGGUCAAGGAAACAACAGUCUUUUGAAUAACAUGCGAUCAGUUCUGUGGAUUAGAGUGCAACAGUACACUGUUAAAGAAGUUCAGAUCAGACUCUACACUCAUCUUCUGGGUUUAUCAUUGCGCUGGCAUAUAAUGAGGAAAACUGGAGAAGUGUUACGUGUUAUGGACAGAGGAACAAACAGCAUUACCAAUUUACUCAGUUACAUUGUAUUUAGUAUAUUCCCAACCGUGGCGGACAUCUUGAUCGCCAUCGUGUAUUUCUCUUCGGCAUUCGGCCUGUGGUACGGACUGAUAGUGUUUGUGACAAUGGGCCUUUAUUUAGCUGCCACAAUUGCUAUAACUGAAUGGAGAACAAAGUUUCGUAGAUUAAUGAACAAGAUGGAUAAUGCUACGCAGGCCAAGGCAGUGGAUGCCCUUCUAAAUUUUGAAACUGUCAAAUAUUAUGCGGCCGAAGAAUAUGAAGUGAAAACCUACUCAGAAUGUAUAGACUCUUUUCAGGCAGCAGAAUGGAAGAGUACGGCAUCAUUAAACUUCCUCAACAGCAUUCAAAAUCUGGUGAUAACUCUGGGGAUGUUAGUGGGUUCAUUGCUCUGUGCACACGCUAUAGUUCACAAACAGGGCUUUACUGUUGGAGAUUAUGUUCUGUUUACUUCUUACUUGUUACAGCUAUACACUCCUCUGAAUUAUUUUGGAACUUACUACAGGGUGCUACAGCACAGCUACACUGACAAAGAAAAUGCAUAUAUAAGCUGUAAUUUAACUUAACAGGUAGAAGACGAUAAGAAUGCUGUCGGUUUGCAAGUGACCAAGGGCCAAAUUGAAUUUCGUAAUGUUUACUUUUCGUACAUGCCAGAGAGACCUAUUCUUCACAAUAUAUCAUUUUUGGUGCCUCCAGGAAAAACUCUUGCAUUGGUUGGUCCUACAGGAAGUGGAAAGAGUACGAUUAUCAGACUGCUGUUCAGGUUUUACGACAUCCAGUCUGGGCAGAUACUUAUCGACGGACAGGAUAUAAGAAAGGUAACUCAAAGGUCGCUUCAUGAGAGCAUAGGCAUAGUUCCUCAGGAUACCGUGCUCUUCAACAACAGUAUCAGCUAUAAUAUAAGAUAUGGAAAGGUAACGGCAUAUGAAGAAGAGGUGGAAGAAGCCGCAAAAGCAGCAGACAUUCACAGCCAAAUUCUAAACUUUCCUGAUGGUUACGACACGGUUGUCGGCGAAAGAGGUUUGAAGUUGAGCGGAGGUGAGAAGCAGAGGAUUGCCAUUGCCAGGACCAUCCUGAAAGCUCCCAAGUUUGUCUUGUUGGAUGAGGCCACAUCUUCUCUGGACACCAGAACGGAGAGGAAUAUCCAAGCCUCGCUGGCUCUGAUCUCCAGCAACAAGACCAGCAUCAUCGUGGCACACAGAUUAUCCACCAUCGUCCACGCAGACGAGAUUCUGGUCAUCAAGGAGGGCAGGAUCGUGGAAAGAGGAAGGCACGAGGAACUCCUGGAGUUGGGUCGCGAGUACUGUGCCAUGUGGAACCAACAACUGAAGAACCAAUCGGAGGAGCAAGGAAGUGGCACCGAGGAAAUCUCCUGAGAGCGAGAGACCUACGUUUUCCACGCCAUCAUUCUUGGCGUCUUUUUUGCUUGCUUUCAUUUGCUAUACAAUGGUGGCAAUAAUCAAUAGCUGCUCUGUUCUUUAUAUAUAUAUAUAUAUCUACAUCAUUUCUCUUAACGAUUAUCAGAUGGCACUGUUUCUCAUCACUUGUAGAGAGCCCUUAUGACGAGACGAUACCUUGGCACCUGGGACUCUCUUAAUGUUUUUCUUGAGAUCACACGUAAUCUAUGCACUGGAAUUCUUGACGAAAAUGGUAUAAACAAUGGGUCGAUAACAUUGUGGGCACGUCCUCUUUACGAGGGUUCUCUAUCAAGUUUGAAGGGAUGGUGUUCGUGUUAGUUGCUAAUGGCGAACGCAUUGCUUUUGCGUAGCGAGGGCUCGUCAUUCGAGAUAAAACGUGUACGUAACAACGGAGCGUAACAACACUUAAUAUGUUACGUAGCAUCUUUUUCACUCGUUUUAAUGCCUAGUCCACGCUCGUUAAGCCGAAAACUACCGUUGUAAGAUCUGCUCAUCGGCAUCAUCCUCACCGUUGCCAUCGUCAUCGUCACCAAUAAUCACGAAAAUCUCCACAAACAAUCAAAUAUGGAUGACAGAUCUGCAUUGUGCGACUUUAAUGGCGCUUCUUCCACUCUUCUGUUUCUUUGGCAUUCCUAAAAAAUGGACAUUUGGGAUAAUUCAAAACGCCGAUUUUUGUAUCCUACUUAAAUUUUGGGUUUCGUUGGGCCUACUCAGGGGUGCCUACCCACGCGGGUGGCGUUACAUUACGUCACUCUUCACGUGGGUCGGAAAUUGGGCUCUUUUAGUUACGGAAAACGUCGUCGCUACAGAAUUGGACAGGGAAUCAUUACUUAAGAGGGUGGGUCACACAGUUCCACUUCCGGUUCCGACGGGGGAACGGAUCUUAGCGCGCGCAGUUUUAGGGCAUACGUAGUGAAACAAUAAAUUUCGGUUAGGGAAGCUUCUGUACGUCGUCCAAUCCGCGUAUCCUCAUUGAGUUUCGUCGUGUUACGUAUUAGUUUUAACCCUUCUUUGCCAUAGAAUUUUAUCAAAAUGGGAAUCCGGAAAGCAAUAUUUCAUUCGGAAAAUCAAAAACAUGAAAUGUACAUUUAUUUGGAAGUAUUUUAAAGCGUUUGGACAGACGCUCGAGUCAUCGUUACGUCGAUUAACUUGGAGUAUUUUUGUGUUUGUUUACUUUUGGAGAAAUGACAAUAAAUACUUGUUUGUUGA